UUCCCCACUGUUAUAAUCGAUAUUUCGGCCAAUUAUUAUCAUUGAAUGUUUGUGUUUAGUCUGACCACACUGAUAUUUUUAUUAUAGGAAAACGUAAAUGAAGCAAAUUAUUUGCUCAAAAUAUACAAACUAAGCAAAUUUAUUUUUAUUGAAAGCUAUUUCUGUCUUAAUUUUUUGUAUUUUCAAGGAUUGACGGUAGUUAAAAAUAUUAUGACAAACUUGUGAAAAGAAAGAUAAAGGAGAAAUUUUACAAUAAUUUCAUUUUUAUUUCAUAAGAUUUCAUUUUCCGUCUUAGUCUUUUUUACAUAUGGACAAUUUAAAUAUGGAGAAAUAGAGAUUCUAGCUUACCAUUUUAAUAUAUUUGUCUACAGUAAUAACGUAUUUAAGUGUGUUUAAAAAAAUGAUUCAGCUUGAUGAAUGUAUUGACUGGAUAAACACUAAUUCAUUUAAGAAGAUUUGCCUACAGUUGUCAGAUGAUGUUUCAAAGUAUUUAAUAGAACUAGUUUUGUAUUUGCAAAAACAUACAAAUGCCUCUUUUUUCGUUAUCAAUGAUACUGGAUAUCAAAAUUGCUGUAAUGACAAACUUCUUGCAAAUCACGUAGAAGCAGAGGCUUGUGUACAUUUUGGACAUGCUUGUUUAACUAGUUCUAAUAAUUUACCUACAUUUUAUGUUUUUCCAAAGAAUACAAUAGAUGUCAAUAAAUUUUGUAAAGCAUUUUAUAAACAAUUUCAAGAUUUGACAAUGAAAGUUUUACUCUUCUAUGAUGUAUCAUAUGCCCAUUGCAUUGAAGAUAUUUAUUCAAGACUAUCAAAAGAUUAUAAUUAUUUAAUUGUAACCAAAUUAGAUUGUAUUUCAAAUGUGAAAUUUACAACAGCAUCUCCUGGUUAUUACAAUACUAAAAUACUUGGAAGAUGUUAUCAUUUACCAGAAAAUACUUCAUGCACUAGUUAUCACGCCAUAUUUUUGGGACCAAAUGAUGAAGUGUUAAUGACAUUAGCUUUGAGUGUUUCAGUGGCCAAUUGGAGUUAUUUUGACAAUUUCAAAUUUUGCAACUACAUGUCUCAUGAAUCGAUUAGGUUAAGGAAGCGAAAUUUCUUAAUUGAAAAGAUAAAAGAUGCAAUUACAUUUGGCAUUGUGAUUGGUUCUUUAAGUGUUACUUUAACUUUGCAAAUUACCGCGAUGUUGAAAUCAAUUUUGAGAACAGUGAACAAAAAGACUUACGUCUUAAGCAUCAGAGAAUUGACUCCAACAAAACUAGCUAAUUUUCAUGAGAUCGAUGUCUUUGUUCUAGUUAGUUGUCCUGAAAGUAGUUUACUUGACACACAUGGAUAUUUCAAACCAAUUGUGACACCAUAUGAAAUAGAUCUGGCUUUUAACACUGCGAGAAAAUUGUCAUUAUUUCAUUCAAUAGAUUUCAAAGAACUUUUAUUUGGUGGAAUAAAUCAUAUCGUUUUCGAAUCGUCCCAAGAAUCAGAUUAUUCACUUACUUCUGGUAAAAUAAGAAGUUCAAAAUCUAUAAAUUUCUCCAGCCAAAAUAAAGCUGUAUUACUUAAAGAUUUAGGAUCUGUAAUUAGUAAUCGGAUCGGAAACUCCUUUUUUCUGUCAAGAACGUGGACUGGACUACAACAAAAUCUUGGCAAAACUGAAGUAACGUCAGCUGUACUUGGUCGUGAUGGUAUUCCUAUAAAUUAUAACAACGAGAAAUCAAAUUAAUUACAGAUAAUUAAUAAAUUUAUUAUAAUUUAA